UUUAAAUUAUUUAUAAUUUUUCGCUCCAGUCAUUUUGAAUUUGGUAUUUUGCUCGAAAUCCCAUAAGAAUUAAUUUAUCUUAAUAAUAAAUAUUUCCAUCAGCUGCCUCCUUUUUGGGGAAUGAAAUACUAAAAAUAUAGUUAAAUAACAUAAUUUAAAUUCCUAAUAAGUAAUUAAUUUUGUGAGUUUUAAUUAUCUGCAGUUGUGGAGAGAAUACACAGGAUGAUGGAUGGAGGUGUUGUUCACCCUCAUCCAGGGGUGGUACAUGGCGGUAUGCCUGGUGUAGUCCAUGGUAUGCCGGUCCAUGGUGGUGGACCUGAUGGUGAGCAUGCCCCUCAUGGUCCAAGGCGGCGGUACCAAAACAGACCGAAGCCACCAAAUAAUUUAGAAAGACUACCAUUAGAUGAAGCUGCUAAGAGGGAGAUGGAGUCCUUGCCAAUGAAGACACCAGUGUCUGUGCUGCAAGAAUUGCUUGCCCGUCGAGGUACAGUUCCGAAGUACGAAUUAGUGCAAAUUGAGGGCAUGAUUCAUGAGCCAACCUUCAGAUAUCGGGUCACUGUUGCUGAUUUAGUUGCAAUGGGCACAGGCAGAUCAAAAAAGGAAGCAAAACACUCUGCGGCAAAGGCUCUUCUUGAUAAAUUGACUGGUGCAGCACCUGCUGAUCAGAACACUAAUGGCAAUGUACCCGAGACGGGUGCAGUUGUGUCUUCAUUUGAAGACAAAUUAUUGGGUAACCCUGUGGGAUGGCUUCAGGAGUUGUGCAUGUCUCGCUUCUGGCCUCCGCCAUCAUACCAUGCAGAGAAUGAUGACAACGUUAAUAGACGUAUGUUUUGUCUGCCACAUGAGCGCCAAUUUACGAUUAUAUGCACCUUACUGAAACGUCGUGAAGUUGGUACAGGCAAGUCUAAGAAAUUGGCGAAAAGACAAGCUGCUUACAAGAUGUGGCAGGCACUUCAAGAUAACCCACCUGAGACUUUCCAACCUGAGGAAGAGGGUGGUGUCGCAUCACGUUAUGCCGACUUGAAAGAUAGUAAAAUCUCCACAUUAACCACAAGUCACAGCCACAAGGUGUCGCAGUUUCACAAACACCUGAAACAGUCUGUCGGGCCCAACCUGGCCAAGUUGCAGGUUACCCCGCUGAACAACAAAGACUUCAACUUUGUAAAGUUCCUGCAAGAGAUAGCCACGGAGCAGUCCUUCGAAGUGACUUAUGUGGACAUAGAAGAGAAGUCAAUGGCGGGUCGCUGCCAAUGCCUCGUCCAACUCUCGACACUUCCGGUGGCCGUCUGCUACGGGUCGGGGCUCACGAGUAAAGAUGCACAGUCUUCGGCAGCUCACAACGCCCUCGAGUACCUGAAAAUCAUGAACAAGAAGUGAAUCCGAACCGUUCGCCCCAUACAGAUUUAUUAUGCGUAAAAAUGGCCACUUCACAUUUACAUAUAAAAAAUAGGUAUCGGACGAGCGAGACGCGGUAAGCCCUUUAACCACUCUUCGGGUUCAGCACUUCGGGCUAUGCUGUAUAACUGGCACAUUUGCAGUGUCCUAAUCAUUAAAUAUCGUAAAACAUUUGACAUAAUAAGGCCUAGUCACAUAACGCCUUGAACGCCUGACGGAAUCAAUUACAGAGCGUUGGAGUGACAUUUAGUCAUUUGUCUUGCUUCGCAGUAUUGAAUGCGCCGUCUACCGUUUUCUUAAGAAUUAUACCUUUUUCUGUAGGUUAUUUCUUAUGCUAAAAUGGUAAAUUGCAUAAUAAAUUUUGAAGAUGUUUAGUGAAAGUGUCUCUAUUGAGUGCGUUUGACUAUUUGUGCAAUUAAAUUGAGAGUCUUUAUUAUCAAUAAUAUAUUUUAUCGCGAACUCAAGACGGUUCGAACAGGUUUAAAGAAACCUGAACUGAAUUAUGGUAGAUUUCAUUAUUUAUUUACAUAAAAAUUGGGAAUUUAAUUUUUGAUUGAGUUUGAUAUGAGGAUUUUUUAGUUUCUGUACUUGCCAAUAGUGGGAAGCAGUCGAGUAUCUUUUAUUGGUUGUGUAUGUCAAAAAUAUUUGUGACAUUUAGAAGCUUCAGUAAUUUCUCUGUCAAUAAGAUAUUUAAGUUGAAAUGACAUAUUGACAUGGCUGGAAUUGAAAUAAACCAAAAAUAAUCACAUAAAUAAUUAUUUUUUAUACAAUUUAAUAGUCAACAGGGAAUUAUACUAUACCAGUUGUGUAGCGUCCUUCAAGAAAAAAGCAUACCAUUUCUUAAAAGGCCGGCAACGUACUUGCGAGUCUCCUAGCUGUGAGUGUUCAUGGGCAGGCUGCCCUGUUACAUAAAAAGCUAUAAUCACAAAUAACUUUAGCAGAAACUAGCUUUUUAUUAUUAUUUCUUUAAUUUAAUUAUUUUUUUUAAUUUAAAAGAUUUUUUUUAGAAAAUACUUAAAAAUUUCACAAUUUUCGUAUUGAAUUGAAUGAAGUUUUUCAAUAUGAUAUCCAAUUUUAUGGGCGUCAUUGUGAUUUGUGACCACUGUUGUAAAAUACAUUUAAUAUCUCUCUUAUGUCUUAUCAUAACAUGAACUGCCAAAUAAUAUAUUUUUAUUUAUUCAAAUCCACUAAGUAUUUGUUUUCCUACAAAAAUUACACAAAAAAACUAUGACUGCGAAUGUGCGAGAGUAAACAUCAUAGCCCGUAAAGAAUAAGGAAACAAAGUAUGGAGUGGUCAUAUUAUAAUACAAGCUAUACUUUGCAUAGAAUUAGUGUAAUUUUCCCAGCGUGGAAAUUACUUAUAAAAUAAAAAAAUACAAAAAAAAUAAAAAACAAAAAAAAAUACAAAAAAAGUGUGUAUUAUAACUUUCCAGUUUAAUAUUCAGCAUUAUUAAACAUGUUUUUGCAUUAAUAUUAAAUUGAUAUCAUCUAAUUAUCGAAAUCAUUAGCUGUAAUGUAUAUUGUAAUGAAAUUAUAGAUUUUUCAUAUUGUUCAUUUGAAGCUACUUUGUUUUCGGGUGUGUUGAGAUUUUCUAACAUGCUGAGCAUUAAACGGAAAUAUAUUCUCAGCCGGUACAGUCUGUGGAACUUUCCGAACCUUUGCUUUAUUUUUGAUUAUAUAUUUAUUCACGAAAUGUCCCGUGUUAAUCGAUUUUUAUUUAUUCGUAUGAACUCCCCGAUUUUGACGAUGUUAUCAAAUGACUAAAUGAAUAGUUUUACUCGAAAUCAUAAUCGAGCAAGGGUUGGGUCUUGCGAGAUGGGCUGAGCGAAGGCAGGAUGUCGCCGAAUGAAAUUAUUAUGAAUUUACCAAUAAUCGUGUACAUAUAUUUGCAUGAUGGUAAACUUUGCAUGUGAGCUGAGAACUAAGCGUUUGAGUGUUUAUCACUGGAAUAUAACGGAUGGGAAGCUAGGAGAUACCUUGCCUGUGAAAAUGGGCAUUAUUUUAAUGCAAAGUAUAGAGGUUGUAACAUUUUCUAUCAGUACAGAAUCGUCGUGAUGCACGAAGCGAACGCGAUUAUUCUGCACGUCGAGUUUCUUUUAAAUUGAAUGUGCGUCCGACCUGCCCUUAAUCGAUCGCACUGUUCAACUUAGAAGAGGCUGAAAGGAAUGGAGUUCUGUUCAACCAAGACCUACUAAAUAAAACUAUAAUGUCUGACCAUCGAGGCAAAUGUUCGUGUUAUAUUUUGUGUUUAGUCAGUCUUGGUUUUACUAGUAUGUAGAUCUAUUGUAAUUCUAGAAUUUAAUGUCACUGUAGUUCUUUACAUUUCACUUGCCUAGUUAAUAACUUGUUGAAAUACUUUGAAAUAGUUUUUGUUUUGCUAGUAUUAAUACAGCUAAUAAGUACAAUAAAAUUGGUGUUGCUUA